AGUUCAUUCCUGGUCUCUGAAACUUUUAGAUGACAUUAGUCGAUCCUUAUUUUCUUGCUUCUCCUGUGCACCUUGCAGAUGAAAUAAAUCAAUCCAUCAUCAUAAGGUUGGUUGAAGUGUCUCAUUGUUAGAAUUUGUAAAGCGAAGUAUCUGAUGAUAGUAAAAGUGUUCCUCUACACUGGUUGAGUAAUUGCAUGUCUUGGUUGUGAUGAUCAAAUUUGUGGUAAGGCUAUGCUUGUAUUUUCAAACAACUAACUUCUCUUCAUAUCAUUUAGUGGGGAAAGUGAAUCUGGGAAGACGGAAUCAGCAAAAUUCAUGAUUGAAUAUUUGGUUAUGAUUAAUGGAGGCAACAAUCGUGUAGAAAAUGAGCUGUUGCAGUCAAGUUGCAUAUUGGAGGCUUUUGGAAAUGCUAAAACCCUCAGGAAUAACAACUCCAGUCGAUUUGGAAGGUUGAUUGAAAUUUAUUUUAGUGCAGAGGGAGGAAUUUGUGGUGCUAAUGCGGCUGUUGGUGGUGCAGCUGAUGGACAGCCACUUUUUGUUGAAAACGAGCAACCUAAGUUUAUGGGGAUUGAAGUUGUCACCCUUAAGAAAAUUAUACCACUUGGGGCUAUGUUCUUUUGUAUUCUGUUUAAUUAUACAAUCCUUAGGGAUACUAAGGAUGUGUUGGUUGUAACAGCUAAAGGGUCUAGUGCUGAGAUUAUCCCUCUCUUGAAAACUUGGGUGAAUUUGUCUAUGGCUAUUGGAUUCAUGCUUUUGUACACAAAGUUGGCUAAUGUGUUGUCAAGGAGGUAAAGAGAUAAAAAUGAAGAAGGUGAACUUUGUUUUUCUUGCUUAAAUCUAAAACAAUAUUUUCUAACAAAUUAAUAAGAGAUGAUACAAAUAUGCAAACUGUUUGUAUAGAAAAAUAGAGAUUAUGUCCUG